GCCGCCGCCGCCUCGGCCCCGCAGGCGACCGCUCUCCAUGGCUCAGGACGAGCCGGGCCCCGGGGACGAGCUGUCGGAGGAAGACGAGGAGCUGGACGGGCUGAAGGAGGCCCUGGCCAACCUGCGGCAGCUCUCCGACGAGGAGAAGAACGAGAAGGCCCUCCUGCGCUCCCGCAUCCUGGAGCAGUCGCAGCUCAUCUGCAUCCUGAAACGACGGGCCGACGAGGCCCAGGAGCGCUGCCGGAUCCUGGACCAGCUCAACUCCGAGCUGGAGGAGGAACGGGACCGACAGGUCGAGAGGCUGGAGGCCCAGAACCGGCUCCUGGAGGCCCGGUUCGGGGAGCUGGCGGCCAACCACGAGGAGAUGAUCCGCUUCAUGAAGGAGCACAAGCGGCAGAACGCCCGGCUGAGGGAGGAGAACGAGCUGCUCAAGAUCCAGCACAGGAACCACUUCAGCCAAGCCCUGAGGGAUCGGGAGGCCGAGGUGGACCAGCUCACCGCCCGAGAAGAGGCCCUGUCCAAGGAACUGGGGGACCUCAAGGCCCAGUACGCCCAGGACGCCCACAGGGCCCAGGCGCGGGAGAAGGAGCUGCUGGAAGCGCAGAGCCAGCAGGCCUGCGCCCACGCCGGCGAAGCCCACUCGCUGCAAGGCCAGCUGCAGAGCCUGCAGGAGCAACACCGGGACACCCUGGGGAGGCUGGAGAAGGCCGAAGAGUUGCAACGGGUGCAGGGCGGCGAGCUGCGAGCCAGGCUGCAGGCCCUGGCCCGGGAGAAGGAGGAGCUGCUCCAGCUGUCCAUGCACAGGGGCAAGACCCUUCAGCUCAAGCAGGAGGAGAUCGGCACGCUGCUGGAGAAGCUGGAGGCCGCCGAGAAGGCCAGGGAGACGGCCGUGGACCGCUUCGAGCGAGAGGCCGCGGCGGUGGAUAGCAACCUGAGGGUCCAGGACCUGCAGCGCCAGGUCGGGGGCAUCCAGAAGGCCUACGACGAGCUCCUGCUCCGUUCCGAAGCCUUCAAGAAGCACAGCCUGGACUUGCUGACCAAAGAGAGAGAACUCAACGCCAAACUGCGCCACCUCCUUCCUUAAGGACGCCCUCUUCACCGUCCCCCUUUCUCUGGAGCCUGUGUGGGGCUUGGGUUCCCGCAAAGUAAACACACGCCCGGUCCUAUGCGUCCCCUAGUUAUCGGCCCGAAAGCCCCGUCUCUUAUCCCACCCCUAAGUCGCAGCAGGCUGGCACUAUUUCCCCCGUGUUGCCGCCGAAGGCAAGUUCCUCGGUAGGACCCAGGAGAUUAGGAAGCGCAGGGCUGUAAACCUAUCCUCCAGCUUACAGUUGAAUUGCCCUCCGCCGCUCAGAUCCCGGCUGUGGAGUUUAAGUCGAUGAGUACCGAGAAAUAUUCAAUGAAAGUUUAACCUGCCAUGAUGUUUCCUGUUUUCCUUUUUUUAAAAGACCGCUGUUUAAAUAGUAAUUUUUAGAGAAGGGACAGGCGCGAGUUGCUCCUUCAAAAUUACACGUGUUAUAAGUGACCUUGAACUCAGGAUAAAACAGUAACAGACUUUUCUGUCACCGCCUCGCAAGCCCCGUAACCUCCACCUUAACCCAUCUCUCUCAUUCAACCCACACGGUGCAUCUGUCAAUAAACGAUUUUGCUUCUCCUGUA